GACUUCUCGCAUGACAAAAUAAAUUUAUUGUCUUCAUCCCCUAAAUUUUCGUUUUUAAUCACCAAUGACCGUUUUCCAGUAUUUUGUGUGUAAUAUUCAAUGGUAUUGGCAUUUACCGUCCUGAAUAAACUAUUACAACGCACAUAGCUGCCUGGAGUUAGUCUGUGAUGGGCCCGUCCCAGAUGAUUUCCGGAUCGUUCUCAAAAUUUCUCGGAAAACCGAAAACGCUCAUUAUAAGGUUUUCAGAAAGAUAUGUAACGAAGUCAAUUCAGCAAACCAGUGCAUCAUACAAACUAGCCGUUUUCGACACCGCUGAAUUACUACCACACGAAUCGCUGAUAGAUGAGCAGAAUAAGAGAUCUUCAGCGACAAUUGGUGAUGUAAUUGGUACAUUCAAAGACUUGAAGAACCUCGGAAUCAAAAUUGCAAUAUGCUCUUCCAGUACCAGAGACGAUACCAAAAGAACUAUAUCAUAUCUUGGAAUAGAAGAAAUGAUAGACAUUACAAAAUGUGCGAAAGAUCCUUCCCUUCUGCCAAAGCCACAUGCUUCGAAUGUUGAUUCCAUAUGUGCGGACACUGGCGUUAGACCUAGUAAUGUUGUGGUCGUCGGAAACACGCCAAUUGACAUGAAACUGGGACGGAACUCAAAAGUUGGUCUCACAAUAGGCAUCUGUCCAGGUGGAGAUUGUGAUUUGGGUGCUGACAAAACAGUGGAUAGUAUCACAGAAGUUGUGCCUUUAUUAAGACGAUUGGGACAGGUAAUAGAAGAAAAAUAUUGAAGUGGUAUUGUGGGCCAAAGAAUCGUAUGGAAUUAGGGCCUGACCGAUAUAUCAGCCAUGUUCUUCACAAAUUUCGAACUAUCGGUAUCGGCUAAUUUCACCGAUAGUUAUCGGCCAAUCACGUGACUGCCAAAAUGUAAAAAUUACGCUGGGGAAGCACGAAUUCUCAGAGUGUUGCUUGUAGCCAUCUUUUUAGGUGAGAAAACAUCGGUAUCGGCCUGGCCUUAGAAAGAAUACUGCAAAUCAAAACGUUGGGAGAAUUUACCCCUUCCUAUUGAUAACGGUAAUCGAGGAAAAGUGACACAAACACAGAACAAUCCGCUUUCCCAGACCGCAAAUUUGUCAUAUUUUGCACUUAUUAAUAGCUCCGUCUCCACCCACUAUUUUAGGUGCUCCUGAAGUAUGUGCACCAAGAUGGCGCACAACCUGAAAAUAGUAUUAGCUCUGUCUCCACCCCCUAUUUUAGGUGCUCCCCGAAGUAUGUGCAUCAAAAUGGCGCACAACCUGAAAAUAGUA